AGCCUUUUCGCGCUACAGUUCUUCUUCCUUUUUCUCCAGGUGUCUGGGAAGACAUCCGUAUCAUGGCUCAGGCAGUACAGAAACUCGUCGCUAAAGUACCGACUUUAGUCAGUGCCGCUGUCACAUACUCCAGACCCCGACUAGCGACCUUCUGGCACUACGCCCGGGUGGAGCUCGUCCCACCGUCCCCAGCUGAGAUCCCCAAGGCUAUAGAAGCCGCAUCGGGCCUUGUCAAGAGCUACCAGUCUGGACGCUUGGGACAAACCACAGUAAAGGAUGCCUUAAGGAAUGGACUUGUGGCCACUGAGGUGCUGAUGUGGUUCUACAUUGGAGAGUGCAUUGGCAAAGGAGGCAUUAUUGGAUAUGAUGUCUAAAUGUUGUACUUUUCUGUCAAUUUGCACUUCUAAUUGUCACAUUCUCAACAACCUGCACCAAAUUUUCAAAUAAACAGAUGUCUAUAGUCAGAGAAAUAAAUUCACUGUCUCU